AUGGAUUUCAGCUCGUUCUUGACGUCCCUAGGGACGUCGUUCGUGAUUUUCCUGGUUUUGAUGUUCGUGUUCACGUGGCUGCCGAGGCGACCCGGCAACCACGUCGUGUACUACCCGAACCGGAUCUUGAGAGGUUUGGAUCCGUACGAGGGCCUGCGCCUGAGCAGGAACCCGUUCGCUUGGAUCCGGGAAGCCGUCGUCUCCACCGAGGCUGACGUCAUCAGGAUGUCCGGCGUUGAUACCGCCGUCUACUUCGUUUUCCUCACCACCGUAUUGGGAAUAUUGGUUUUGUCUGGCUUUGUCCUUUUACCUGUUCUUCUGCCUGUGGCUGUUACUGCUAAAGGCCCGACAAAAACCAACGACACCACCAGCGAAAACUCGUUUGACGAGCUCGACAAGCUAUCCAUGGGGAACAUCGAGGAACGAAGUCCUCGCUUGUGGGCCUUUGUGAUAGCCACCUAUUGGGUUAGUUUCGUCACUUAUUGCCUCUUGUGGAAGGCUUACAAGCAUGUGGCCGAGCUCAGAAGUUCAGCUCUUAUGUCGCCCGAGGUGAAGAGCGAGCAGUUUGCUGUUCUCGUUCGAGACGUACCGCCUGUUCCUGCAGGCCUGACUAGAAAGGAUCAGGUCGACUCGUAUUUUAGGGGCAUCUAUCCGGAUACUUUUUACAGGUCAUUGGUGGUCACAGACAAUAAGAAGGUCAACAAAGUUUAUGAGAAGCUCGAAGGAUUUCGAAAAAAGCUCGCUCGAGCAGAAGCCAUAUACUCCGAAUCUAAAACAACUGCCAACCCCGAAGGAACAAGGCCAACAACAAAAACAGGCUUCCUCGGCCUCAUUGGCCGAAAAACCGACGCCAUAGAAUAUUACGAUGAGCAAAUAAAGGACUUAAUCCCCAAGCUAGAAGCAGAGCAGAAAAUCACUUUAAAGGACAAGCAACAAUGCUCGGCUAUCAUAUUCUUCAACAACCGAGUCACGGCCUCAGCCGCCUCACAGAGCCUACACGACAUGAUAGUCGACAAAUGGACAGUCUUGGAUGCUCCCGAGGCCCGCCAGCUCAUAUGGACAAAUCUCCCGAAAAAUUUUUACGAGAGGCAGUUUAGGCAGUACUUCAUCUACUUCAUCGUGUUUUUGACCAUUUUCUUUUAUAUGAUACCCAUUGGGUUCAUCUCUGCACUUACCACAUUGGAUAACCUGAAAAAGCUGCUUCCCUUUUUGAAGCCGAUUGUGGAUCAGCCCGCGGUUAGAACCGUGCUCCAAGCAUACUUGCCACAGCUGGCGCUUAUCGUGUUCUUGGCACUUUUGCCGAAGUUCUUGCUGUUUUUGUCUAAGGCAGAGGGGAUUCCCUCGGAGUGCCAUGCGCAGAGGGCCGCGUCUGGGAAGUAUUUCUAUUUCUCGGUUUUGAAUGUGUUUAUUGGGGUCACGGUGGGGUCCACGCUCUUCUCGACUUUGAAGCAGAUCGAGAAGAAUCCGAACUCGGCCAUAACUCUGCUGGCCGAGAGUCUUCCCGGGAGCGCGACAUUCUUCUUGACUUUUGUGGCUUUGAAGUUCUUCGUGGGCUAUGGGCUCGAGCUAUCAAGAAUUGUUCCCUUAAUAAUAUAUCACCUGAAAAAGAAGUAUCUUUGCAAGACUGAGGCCGAGCGCAAAGAGGCCUGGGCACCCGGUGAUCUCGGCUACGCUACUCGAAUUCCGAACGACUUGUUGAUAGUGACGAUCGUCCUCUGCUAUUCUGUCAUUGCACCUCUCAUUAUCCCGUUUGGCGUGUUGUACUUCGGGCUGGGAUGGCUUGUUCUAAGGAAUCAGGCCCUAAAAGUGUACGUCCCUUCAUACGAGAGCUACGGGAAGAUGUGGCCUCACAUUUUCAUCCGAAUAAUCGCAUCGUUGAUUCUCUUCCAGCUUACAAUGUUCGGUUACUUCCUGGCCAAGAUAUUCUUCUACGCCCCACUUGUGAUCCCGCUUAUCGUGCUGUCCUUCAUAUUUUGCUACGUUUGCCAGAAGAAAUUCUACCGAUUUUUCCAGUCGACAGCGCUCGAAGUUUCGGCUCACGAACUGAAAGAGACUCCGAACAUGGAAGUCAUUUUCAGGUCAUUUGUGCCCCCGAGCUUGAGUUCCGAUAAAGGAGACGAGGAUCAGUUUGAAGAUGCUCUGUCUCAAAUGUCGAGAGCUGGUUCAAUCGUCUGA